UUUCUUGUUAGAGCAAAAAUCGAGAGUAUAUUUGGUUAAGCAAGCAUUGUGAUUUGUGCUGCACACAUUACACAGAAACACACUCAUUUCUCGCUACCUUAACCAAAGAUACUCACUUCCUCCGUUAGGGUUCUUCCACACACAUGGACGUCGACGACUCCUCCGCCCUAAUGAUCGACGAAAUCUACGCCAACGGAGACGACGACAACAACAACCGCACCAUCCGCCGUCCCAUCAUCAGCGGUGAUCAACUCGACAUUGAGGCCUACGCUAGCCUCUACUCCGGCCACACCAAGAUCUCUCGCCUCAUCUUCAUCGCCGAUCACUGCGGCGACAAUUUGACGAUGCGGUUGGAGGCUCUUCGCAUGGCAUUCGACGAAAUCAAGAAAGGAGAGAACACGCAACUCAUGAGGGAAGUCGCUAACAAAAUUGAUGGCCGUUUGGGUUCCGAUUACACUCUAGACGAAGCUUGGUGCGAUGACAUUGAUAGAAGAGCAGAACAGAAGAAGGAGAAGCUCGAGAAUGAGCUUAAUUCCUCUAGGACAAACCUGAUUAAGGAGAGUAUAAGAAUGGGGUACCAUGAUUUUGGAGAUUUUUACUAUGCUCAUGGACAAUUGGGAGAAGCUUAUAAGAGUUAUGUUCGGACCCGUGAUUACUGCACUACAUCGAAGCACAUUGUUAAUAUGUGCAUGAGUGCAAUUCUUGCCAGCAUUGAGAUGGGUCAGUUUUCCCAUAUUUCCAGCUAUGUUGGCAAGGCAGAACAGGCACGGGAAGCCCUUGACACGAUAACAACCUCGAAGCUACAUUGUGCUGCGGGGUUGUCAAAUCUGAAAACCAAGAAGUACAAGCAAGCUGCUCGAAAGUUUAUAGAGACGAGCCCAGAAUUAGGGAGUCAUUACAAUGAAGUAAUUGCAUCUCAAGACGUUGCAAUAUAUGGAGCACUUUGCGCACUUGCUUCGUUUGAUCGAACGGAGUUAAAGAGCAAAGUUAUAGACAAUUCCAACUUCAGGGAUUUCCUAGAGUUAGUGCCUGAAGUAAGAGAACUUAUAAAUGAUUUUUACUCGAGCCGUUAUGCAUCGUGCCUGGAGUACCUAGGGAACCUAAAAUCAAACUUAUUGCUGGAUAUACAUUUGCAUUACCAUGUCGAGACACUUUAUGAUCAAAUCCGUCAGAGAGCCCUUAUCCAGUAUACACACCCAUUUGUGUCUGUUGAUUUAAACAUGAUGGCUAAUGCAUUCAAGACAACUGUUGCUGGACUUCAGAAAGAACUUGAGGCUUUGAUUACUGAUAAUCAGAUACAGGCACGGAUUGAUUCUCACAACAAGGUUUUGUAUGCACGACACGCGGAUCAAAGGAAUGCCACCUUUCAAAGGGUUCUAGAAACUGGAAGGGGAUUUGAUCGAGAUGUUAGGUCUAUGUUGCUGAGAUCCAGUCUCAUUAAGCACGGAUGUAGUAUGAGGUCAUUGACUAGGAAACCGUGAUAGUGGGGAUUUUUUCUUUUUUAUUCAUAGGCAUUGACAUAGAUUGAGGUUCUAUAUGAACUUAGAGAAUAAAGUGUGAUUUCUCAUCAUUCAAUUUUUUUUCUUCCUCUUGUAUGGGAGAUCACACUUUACUCUCUCAUGUGUUACACAUGAGAGAAUCAAUUCCUGGAAGUAAGAAGAGUAUUGCUUUGCCUGGUCCUUGACUGUUAAGCGGCAAACGUCAUUUGUGCAAAACGUUAAAAACAUAUUAUAGUAUACUUGCAUUUGGUGUACA